CUCACAAGAGACACAAAAAAAGAAUAAACAUGGUAACUUAAGAGACCCCCGCUCUUCUCAUGACCUUCUCUUCCAGCCGACCAAAAAGAAGAAAUCUCCAUAGAUCCAUCCACACUCAGAAGCUCACACCAUUCUUCCUCUUUAGUCAUCAAAGCUCUCGUAUUUUCAGCGGAGAUCGCGGACGAAAGCCAAGAUUCUCGAUGUCCUGCAACAUUAGCCGCCAUGCCAAAGGGAGCCGCAAGUCCUGGCGCACGUAAGAACAGAAAGGACAUGGGGAGAGCAUGGUUGAAGAAAAUCAAGAAGGGGAGCCCCACGGCUACCAGGCUUCUCCUGACUCGCAGACGAGCCCGGAGAAGUCGUCGACUAACACUCUCUACGUCUUUCUCUCUGAAGCCCCUAGAGGAAGCCAUUGCGCAUUGGAGCGACGAGAUGAAGGAAGCUGUCGGCUCCGCCAACGGCCUCGCUGGACUUUUUAAGCAGAGGACUGAAGGUUGCAGCAUAUAAGGUGCGCGACGAAAUGCCGUCAAACCCAUCCAGCAUCGAGCUCGAGGGAUGUGUCAUCGCACUACAGAUCGCGCUAGUCGAGCAUCGGAGAUUCGGCCUGCGUGGUUUAUUCCAUGAGAAGAAACCACGCAUUGAGGAUUAUAUCGAGACUAAAGGAGACCUCAAGGCUUGUCUCCCUUCUAACAUAGAAAUCAGACAGUACGAUGAAAUAGUGGACGAGCAGCAGGACCUGCCAGCGAGCGACGAAAGAUCCGCAUGCCACCGAGCGCCGCCGGAUGCCGAAGGAAGCAGCAGCAAGCACCAGCGGAAAGCGCGUCUUUGAUGAAGCAUUUUUUCAGCAAGGUGGUAGACGCCGCCACCCAGGUCCUUCAGUUACACCAACAAAACGAACUAAACGCCAGCGAGGCCGUGCAGCCCCAGUUCUUGGAAGCAAUAGCUUCCCCUCAACCUGACCGCAUCAACAAGAUCCAAGAUCUCCUCGCCUUGAUGAGGUGCAACCUGAUCAGCUCUGGAUCCGAAAUGAUGGAAUUUUUCGUUAAAAGAGUUGCCGAAAUGGCCGGUUUGAUCCCUGAGGGUGUAUCUGCCUACCACCCCGACGAACCAGCCGUGCAAGCUAUACAUCGUCAUCCAAAGCAGCGUUGGCACACGACCCCCCCUGCAUCUAGUGGCCCAUCUCGCACGGCGCACCCCGCACUUGAGUCCCCUCCGAACCCAGUUGCCAGCACUGAUAAGGGCAAGGCCAAGGUGGGAGAUCCACGUGACGUUUCCCUCUCCCGGCACGCCAUGCCGACGUGGGAACUUGUUAACACCGUCACCAGCGACUGCCAACCGUGCCCUCAAUUCGAUUUCUCACAGGGGCCUCUUCAUUUUUAUGAUUACACUCCCAAUUUCUUCCUAGACGAGCCGCAAGGAGCCAACUGCAAGGCAGCAGAUCGCGAAGCUGGGCUCACUAAUGGACCUUUAUUCGACGCCACACCAGAUGAUCCCUGCCUUCAAUCGCAAUAUCGUGCCAUGCUUCUUGGGAACAUCCCACUGUACGACACAGACAAUUCAUCAGGAAGUGGUGGAACAACUGUUCUCUCACUCGAUCAGAUAGACCCUCUCGGAAUUGUCCCACUCUCACGGACGAACAAUCCUGGAAACCUGUAUUUCCAAAUAUUCGAGAUCGCAGUUUCACCUUUCGAUCUUGGACUACAACAACCGACGGAAGACCCCUCCGUCACAGAAAUUUUCCACGACAGCGUCUGCUGUAGCUUUGGAGACGAUCUGAAUAGAUUCAGUGUGGGAGAGGGGAGAGGAUGGAGGAGCACAUUGCGACCAUCCACGACAGCCAGGACCUGCAGGACUCAGAUGACGCCUUCAGCUGGAAGCCAUCCAUGCAAUCUAGCGGCCACGCUUCUGCUUCUUUAACUUCCCGGGUCUCCGUGCAGAAGGUGUGCGCGGUAGACGGACAGUUCGAUGAUUUCAAGCAAAGUCUUGUUGAUCAGAUGGGGUUCUCGGGGAUAUAUUAAAUUCACAUGCUUCCCAAGAUAAACCUGCGCCUUAGUGCAUGGCUUAUGAACCGGGUAGACAUUGGCUCAAUGACCUUGUGCGGAGGCCCGGGGCUGACCAACGAGCUGAUGUCGGAAGCUCUGCGCAAUUACACGGACUUUGCCCGUUGUGUCGGCGACAAAGGGGCGCACAGCCUGAAGGCUGCGGAGGUUUAUUUGCUUAAACCGGUGGACGCCAACUCGCCGAAGUUGCAAUCCGACACAUUCAAGAUUGCCUUUGUCAUUUUUGUUGUUGGACACAUGCUAGCCCCGUCUUCGAAGCAUGAUUACGUGACGAUUGAUUUCCUUGGCGCGAUAAAUGUUGCAGACAAGAUUUCCGAGUUCAACUGGUCAGAUUUUGUGCUGAGACAUGUUGCACUAGGUUGUGCAAAGUUCAAGGCAGAUAUCGCGAAUGGGUACUCGACAAUAAAUCUAGCUGGCUGUCAUCUUUACCUCCAGCUUCCCACAACGGCGAGGCGUCGUAUUACCAUCCAUCUGCGUUGAAGGUGCUGUUGAGAAUCGAGGAGGAGGCUAGUUUGGUCGAACAUAAGAAAAUGAAGACUGGGACGAGCGCUUCGGCAGUAUACCUGGGUGCGCCAGCGACGUUUAGCAAUGCACCGAUGAAAUCUGGGGGUGAAUCGUCCGGGGCAAAUGAAUUCGCGCAACACCUGCGUAGAGCCUACCCAGGGCAGGACGGUAGUGCGCUGCCGGUGUUACUGAGAGAGCAUAACGCGCGUUUGGUACUGCACGUGAACGAGUUGAAAGCAAAACUCCAGAAAGAGAUGUUCUCAUUCGCGGACAAGCUGGCGAAGGCUCGCCUAACUGGCAGCGUGGUGCUGGAUACUAACCAACGUCAUGCAGUUUCGGCGGGGGGAGGGAGCUCGUACGUGACACCCGUUAAUUUUAAUAGCAAGGUCGUGGGGUCUUGCCACGUGGAGGAAAAUGAAGAGACCUCCACUGGCCAUAGUCCCUACACCCGCAAGAGGUUAUUUUGCGACAGCGAUCAAAUAUCUUGUGGCAAGGGCAGGUCGUCCAGCGUGAAGGAUGUUGGUGCUAAAACGGCGAAGCAGCCCGUACUCGACGAAGGGCGUGGUGCAGGCAAGACUUCAGUGCGUGGGCCCGGCUACCGCGGGUCGGUCAGGAUUUUGAUUUCUUCUUAAAUGUCAAAAGUAUAUUACAUCGCAUUGAUCCAGAACCUUACAUAUUGCAUAACCUCGUGGGUUAGCUCAGAAGAAGAUAAAAUCUUGCAGCGGAAAGCAGAAGAUGUAGAAGUCCCAUAACAACUCC